AUGGCUCCAACUUUUCUCCUCGUCGGUGCAACUGGCAACACAGGCCAAGCUGUGACACGAACCCUCCCGGCUCUUCUCAAAGCAAGCGAGGCCUUCUCCAAGCACCGAGUCCUUGCUCUGACGAGGUCCGUCUCCAGCCCCACGGCCCAAGCUCUUGCACAAAUACCCGGCGUUGAAGUCAUUGAAUAUAACUGGACCGACAUUACCGCCGACUGGCUCCGUGAGCAGGAAGUUGUGCGUGCCUUCAUUGCUUCUCACAACUCACCCAACCAAUUCGCUGAGGAAUCGGCCUUCCAUGUCGCCGCCCUGGAAGCAGGAGUCGAAUAUGUUGUGCGCAUCUCCACCACGGCGCCUAAUGUACGCCCAGAUUUCGCCGCCUACUAUCCCCGCCAGCAUUGGGCUAUCGAGGCUAUGCUUGGAUCGCCCGAGUUCAGUGCCCUCAAAUGGACCUCGCUUCAACCAAACGUCUUCAUGAACUUUUAUCUUGCCAUCAUUACCGAUUAUAUCAAGCAGUACAGACAGACGGGUGAGCAAGGCCAGCUCCGCUUAAUGGCGGCCAAAGAUGCGCCUGUUGCUCCAGUGCACCCGGAUGAAGUUGGCGUUCUUGCUGCCCAUCUUUUGGCCACGGGUGAUUUGAGCGCGCACGACAGGGCUAAAUAUAUCAUCAAUGGGCCGGAGGAUAUCACUGGUGAACAGCUGGUGGGCUUGGUCGAGCAAUAUAUUGGGACACGAGUGAAAGAUGUGAGCUAUCAGGACUUGAGCUUGAUUGAUGCAAUUCUGGCCAGUGGCUUCGGAGGUCCGGGACAAUCGAAGACUGUCAUGGGGUCGAUCAGAUAUGCACCUACCACUAUGUGGGAAGGGAAAUGCAGUGCUUCGACGACUAGCGAGGAGGUUUUGAAGAUUGCUGCGCCGCAGCGGACACCUGUCGAGGUCCUCAAGAGCUUGCUGGAGGAGUAG